CGUCCUGAUGAAUAUUCCUUUUUUCCUGCACCCUGUCAAGGAUGGGAAUUCAGCAGUCCGUAUUAUGUCCCGACACAAGCGAGGGGCCCCUCCGAAGUCGCCGAACGAGAGGGAUGUCCAACGCCGGCGCUGCCUAGAUCGAGGAGGCGGUGUUCCAUGACCGCUGUAAGCCCCACGGGGGCCAUAUCAUGCUUCAAGUGCCCGUGUUGCGCCCCGUCAUUACCCUCCGUCUUGACCGUAAACAUCCAUCUUGUCUCUUCCUUCGAUGUCCGUCCGCUCGCGUCCUCCGUCACGAUCGUACUCCCCGUCGCAGGAUCGCGCGUCGUUCGCGCAGGAGCGUGCAUCCUUCGCGACAGACGACCGCGCCUCGUUCUCGCCACCAGACCGCUCAUCCUUCUCGUCACAAAGCCGCCCGUACUCCCCAUCCCAACCGCCCCCGUAUCCCCCUCCGCAAGUCCGCGCGUAUUCCCCUUCGCCGGCCCGCGCCUCGUCCCCUGCGCGCAGCUCGAAGGGCGGCUACUCCGACUGCAAGGGCGGCUACCUCGACUUCGACGACGAGAGCACAUAUGCGCCCUCCACGUUCCGCGGCUCAUGGCACAAACCCUCGAGAUCCGUCGCGGACCUCGACUCCCUCAUCCGCGACGAGGAGUCGCUGGCGAGCUUGCCGAAUCCCCGCCUCCUCUCCCGCGAAGUAGAACGAAUCGUCGGCGACGACAACGCGCCACACACGACCGAGAUCGACACCAUCCCGUGCGCGGGCCUCCGCAUCAUGCACGGCCCGCUCAAGGGCCUAUUUGCGUGGCGCCUCGUUGUGCGGGUGGACCAUUCGUUAAGUACAGGUGCCGGCGAUGGUUUGGGAGCAGGCUCUAGUAACGGCGCUGGCACGGGCUUCGACUCAAACAGCAUGACCGCCAGCUCGCGCCGGACGAGCACGAGCACGGUGUGGUCAAGUAGCUCGGCGAGGUCAAGGAACACUGUGCGGUCAAGCAGCGCGAACACGGACACGCCGCCCGACGCCAUCGUCGCGAACUUCGUUCUCGACACCGCAUCUCCGUACACGCGGGUCUCGCCGGAGACUUUGCUUGCGCUGGGGUGCGCGGGCGGCAUGCGCCCCGGACAGAUCGCCGCGGUGACGGUGCAGGGCGUCCGGACGGCGUGCGUGGUCGGGCAACCGGGGGAGGCCAAUAGUAUCGGGGCGCCGUUCAUUGUGGAUGGCUCCCUGACGUUCUACUUUGACCAUCGGUUGGAUGCGCCGGUGUUGUAUGUCGACGACGAAAACCGGAAGCCGGACGUAUCGGGCAUACCGCGGACGAUCGCGCGCACGUUCCAUCGCAGUAUAAUGCGCGUUGUUAACCAUUUGCAUAUGCGGUCGAUGUCGUUGUCGCCGCUCAGGGGUACUUGACGGAUCCUUAGGGGGUAUGAGGAGGUGGUGAGCGACCCAGGAUCAGAUUUUCCUGGCCUUGUCGCAGCAUCUUUAGGCGAUUGAGAGGUCAUUUUCAGCGUUGCACAUCGACUUGACCCUCUUGUGCUUUUCCUUUCGGCUUUCACGUGCUGUACGGUUCGUUUUGAUCUAUCUAUUUGAAUAUCAAUGCAAUUAGCCUAUGCGACUU